GCCCGGAGGUGGACGCGUCUCGACGGAACUUGCCAUCCUCUUGGACUUCGCCGCGCGCUCCGCAUCAGUCCUCCAAGCCCCUGGGCGCUCUGUGCCCAGGAGCCACCCCCCACCACACGGCAGCUGGGGGAGCCCCGAAUCUUGCCUUCGACUCCAACCAGUGCCUCCACCUGAUCUGAACCUUCCGACCCCAUUCUGCGCACACCCAGGCAGUCCUGCCUUUUUCUCUUUGGGUGUCUCCAGCACUCCCCAAAAUUUCCCCUCCUCCUGUGCCCUCUUCACCCCCCUCCUUUGGGGGCCCCGUGACCCUGAAUGUGGGGGGCACGUUAUAUUCCACCACUUUGGAGACCCUGACUCGCUUCCCAGACUCCAUGCUGGGGGCCAUGUUUAGAGCCGACACCCCUAUUCCCCCCAACCUCAACUCCCAGGGCGGGGGCCACUACUAUUUCAUCGACCGGGAUGGCAAGGCCUUCCGGCACAUUCUGAAUUUCCUGCGGCUGGGCCGCCUGGACCUGCCCCUGGGAUAUGGUGAGACAGCGCUUCUCAGGGCAGAGGCCGACUUCUACCAGAUCCAGCCCCUCCUAGAUGCCCUGCGGGAACUGGAGGCCUCUCAGGGGACCCCGGCACCCACAGCUGCCCUGCUCCACGCAGAUGUGGAUGCCAGCCCCCGCGUGGUGCACUUCUCGGCGCGCCAGGGCCCCCACCACUAUGAGCUGAGCUCUGCCCGGGUGGACACCUUCCGAGCCAACCUCUUCUGCACCGACCAAGAGUGUCUGGGUGCCUUGAGGGCCCGAUUUGGUGUGGCCAAUGAGGAGAGAGCAGAGGGAGGACCACACUUUCGUCUGGAGUGGGCCCCCCGCCCCAGGGAACUUCCGGAAGUGGAGUACAGGAAACUGGGGCUGCAGCCACUGUGGACUGGGGGGCCGGGAGAGCGACGGGAAGUGGCCGGCACGCCGGGCUUCCUGGAGGAGGUGCUCCGGGUGGCUCUGGAGCAUGGCUUCCGGCUGGACUCCGUGUUCCCUGACCCUGAAGACCUACUCAACUCCAGGUCUCUGCGCUUCAUCCGACACUAAGAACUCAGCUGGGAAUACUGCCCUUGGUUUGACUCUAGUGGGGUUGGGGGCGGGGGGGACAAGGGGACAGCAAAGGGGAUGAAGGCUCCCCUGAAGCCCUUUCCCAGCUCUGCUUUGGGGCUGUGAGUCAGAGGUCCCACUGCACCUGACUGGAGCCUCAAAGUGGGCGGGACUCCCCAACUCAAGCCCACUGAGGGCUCACAAGCGGUAUGGAGGGGCUGGACCGGUGCCCAUGCUGGGAGGGCCGGCAGGUUGCCCUGGCUCAUUCUCGCCUGAGCCUGGGGACCUCCAAUGUCCUUGGUUGGAGUUCAGUAUUCAGGGGUCUGGGAAAGUGGGGACACUUCUCUGCCCAGGCUAGGCCUAGCAGAACAAUGCCGGGACACAGGCCUGGAAGGAGGAGGGACUUGGGGUUGCUCUGAUGUGGUCUCCUGGACUGUGACUUUUCCUGAGUGGCCUGGCCUGGCCUGGCCUGACCGAUGACAUAAGAAGGAACACAGGGAGGGAGAGUCUUUGCUGUGUCCCAAGUCACCUACUGAGGGAGACAGAACAGCUGCACCCCACCCCCGGCUGCAGAAGGGAGCUAGGAGAAUCCCUAUUCACUAUGGGGUGGAGCAUCCCUCUGACACCCACGUUCUUUAAAGGAUCUGGUAUUGAGGGUGGAGCUGGCCAUGGGGAGGAGGGCAGCAUCUUUUUGGGCCUUGGCCUACCUUCCUUCAUGUGUACGUGCGUGUUUGUGUGUGUGUGACUGAUGUGUGAGUCCCUGACAUCCGGGCUUCCAUCUGUGUUGUGGGCAAUGGUGUCUGUGUGCUGGCCUUUCUGUGGUCUCCGCAUGUCCAGGCCUGUUUGAGGUUGCUCAGAAGCUGUUUGGGCACCAGGUGUGUCUAUGGGUGUGAGUAGACUGAAAAUUAAUAGUUUAACCACAAGGGGUGUGUAUGUAUAUGCAUACACGUGCGUUCACGUCACCAUGGAUGCAGGAGGGGCCUGUUGGGGUUUAAGUCCCUGGGAUCUUCCUGGUGAGAGGGGUAAGAGAAGUCACUGGGCUUAGUGGGCCCUUGGAGACCUUUAUGGAAUUCUUGGUUGUUAAGACAACCGUGGGCCUGUUGCUAGGAGAUAGCUGGGGAAAGACUCGGCGGGGCUGCUCGGAGCAGAGAGGAGCUGAAGAGAAGAGUUUGGGAGAGUCGGCGAGGAUAUGGGAAGGGGUGGGAUUUUUGCAUCUCUGAGGGGAUGGGAUAUUCAUGAACAGCUUCUCUGGGGAGCCGCUUAUUAUUUAUCACAAGAAGAAAAAUAAAGUUGCUUUUGGAACCACAAA